AAGUGGCCGAAAGACAAAUCUUUCAACUUUAUUUAAACCUUAAACUUAAACUCAUGUAGUCAGAUUUAAACUCAGGUUCAGUUAUUCAGUGAAAAUACAUAGACACUGGAAUAAAUUGCAUGUUGGAUCAACUGAUGGAGGACAAGGAGCACAGAAAUGUCUGCUGUAACUGCGUCACUCUGCUCCACGCUGAUGUUUGUCCUGUUCGUCUCUGCAGACCAGAAAAACAUCACAGCUGAGUCUGGACAGGACGUCACUCUGACAUGUCGAGCUUCAAACAACAAGAUCAAAGUUGUAAAGUGGAGCAGAGCUGACCUGGAAGAUGAAAAUGUGUUUUUGUACAUGGAUCAGCACUUUUUUACAGACAACCAGCAUCCAUCUUUUAAGAACCGGGUGGAUCUGCAGGACAGACAGAUGAAGGAUGGAGACGUGUCUUUGAUUCUGAAGAAUGUGACGAUUAAUGACACUGGAACAUAUGUGUGUGCUGUCCUCACGGAAAGAACCGGCUCAUUGAAGCGCAUCAGCAUCGUCUACUUGAGUGUAACUGAUCCUCCAGACCAGAAAAUCAUCACAGCUGAGUCUGGACAGGACGUCACUCUGACAUGUCGAGCUCCAAACAACAAGAUCAUAGUUGUAAAGUGGAGCAGAGCUGACCUGGGAGAUGAAUAUGUGUUUUUGUACCGGGAUGGACACGUUGUUCCACAAGUCCAGCAUCCAUCGUUUAAGAACCGGGUGGAUCUGCAGGACAGACAGAUGAAGGAUGGAGACGUGUCUUUGAUUCUGAAGGAUGUGAUGAUGAAUGAUGCUGAAACAUACGAGUGUUGUGUCUUCAUGGAACAAACAUGGCGAUGGCAGUCCAUCAGCAUCAUCCAUCUGAUUGUCGUUCCUCCAGACCCAAAGAUCAUCACAGCUGAGUCUGGACAGGACGUCACUCUGACAUGUCGAGCUCCAAAAAACAACGUCAUAGUUGUAAAGUGGAGCAGAGCUGACCUGGGAGACAAAUAUGUGCUUUUGUACCGGGAUGGACAGUUUGAUCCAGCCAACCAGCAUCCAUCUUUUAAGAACCGGGUGGAUCUGCAGGACAGACAGAUGAAGGAUGGAGACGUGUCUUUGAUUCUGAAGGAUGUGACGAUUAAUGACGCUGGAACAUACGUGUGUCGUGUCCUCACGGAAAGAACCGGCUCAUUGAAGCUCAUCAGUAUCGUCUACUUGAGUGUAACUGAUCCUCCAGGUAUACUAAGAGGAUAUCCUGUAUGGAUGAUUGGUCUGGGACUCGUUCUUGUUGUUGUUGUUGUUGUUGUUGUUGUUCUGAUCUACAAAAAAAUACAACAACAGAGAAUAAAACGUCGAAAGCAGGCUGGAAGGUCUGCAGGGUUUUCAAAGCUGAACUCUGAGUAUCCACCUGCUGUUCCAAGAAGUCAGAGCUGCCCAACACGGAGGAAAAAAGAUGAUCAAGGACAGAAAGAAACUGAUGAUGCUGAUCUUCAUCUUCAGUUUCCAUAGCUGAACUGUGAGUCAGACAAUCUGAGGACAUAAAUGAACUGUCCUGAACAUCCAGCAGACGACUCUGAUGAUCAUCAUGUUCAGACUCAGACCAACAGUGUGUGUCUGUGCUGUCUGUCAGUGACUCUGAACUACAGUUUAUUCAUCUUCAGGCUGUUCAUGAGAUUUACUGACACAAAGUCAAACUGUGUUACAAACACACAUGAAUUUCUGAGCUCUGAUCUCAGAGUCAGUGAGUGUUUUUGUGUUGGAGCUUCAGGUUUAGCAAAUUAAAUAGACUCUUUUAUGUUGGUAUGACUUUAUUUAUUACCUUCAUGUGACUUUUCCCUCCUUAAGUACAGUCCACUGGAAAACAGUUUGUAUAAAAAUUCUCUUUAGCUGACAUUUUUUUAGUUUGUAAAUCCAGCUCAUCAGAUUUAACAGAGAUUUAACAGUACUUUUAUAUGUAACUCUUAUAGACUCAGGUAUUUCUCACUCUCUGAUCCUGCACAGAGAAGUUUGACAAGCUCUUCAAUUUUUUUUUGACCUUUGAGCAAAAACACCCUGAACAACUUUGUUAGGCCGAAACCUGUUGACUUUUCCCAAACUGACCUAUAAUACACAUUAAAAUAUUUUCAUACUCAUGUGGAAAAUAUUUUAAUAUUUUAUACUGUUGUAAACAUGAUACAAAUUUUCUUACGUUGGUGCUGUUUUGGGACAAGUUUGACUAGUAUCUGUUCAGAUGGAUUUUCAAAUUCAACAGUUCGGUUCAAAUUAAGGAACAUUGUGAUUUGGGGGAAAGUUGACACUGAAAGUGUGCACAUCAUGUUUGUGUGGUUUUGUAAUGAGACAGCAGUGUCAGAAGUCAAAGGUCACCUUGAUUCCGCCAUGUCUGUGUUCACAGUACAUUCAUCCUGCUGCCCACAGAAACAAACUCCUGCAGUGAAUUAGAAAAAUAACACAUGGAGCACAUGAGGAACAGAGGUCAUACAUGUCCUGACUCUACAGCUGCUGAAGUGGAUUCUGGGUCUCUGACUUCCUCCCACAGUCCAAAGACAUUAAGAGGUGUCUCUUAUUUAGCCGUGUAUACUGUGUGUGAAUGUGCUGUAUGAAUGUGUCGUUCAUACAGAACGUUAUGCUCAGUGACACUAACAUAUAAACAUGAGUACAUUACAUCAGCACAUGAAGCACAACAGUGUGGCAUGAAUCAUUCCAGCAGUGAGGACAGUGUUUAAUCAGCAGUGUGAUGAACUGAUGCUCUGUUCUCUGGUCUGACCAAAGCUUUAACUCCAAACAUCUCUCCACUGUUAGAGCUUCUGCACCGACUGUUUUAGGUUCAAAUCAUGGUUCUUAUUUUUAUGGCCUCACGGUGUGAAGCCUCCACCUACAUCACUGAACUGCUCCACCCUGCUCCACUUCUCACUCUGUGGCCUUCUUUAAACAGCCUCUUGGUGUUUGUGGUGUUUUGCUUGGUUCAUGUGUGUCCACUGUGCAUUUAUCAACACUGUUUGUUAUAUCUCUGUAAAUAAGGGUUUGUUUAAAGACAAAGACAAUAAUAAUGAGUGAAUUUCUUAUAUGAAUGAAUGAAAAAUGAGGAGUAUGUAAGUUUUAAUAAAGAGUUACAUGUAAACCUGUUAAAUGAUGUUUUAUGUGUCUGUCCCUGCAAUAAAAGACAGACCUCUAUUUCUGAAGUGCCUUUGA